UGUUCCCGUAUAAGAAGAGCUCAGGCUAACAAUGUUCAGCGACUUCGCUAAAUCUCAGUCGUUAAUCCUCUCAUGUCCGCAUCUGCACCGUCCGAUCAUGGCACCGGCGAUUUCCCGCCCGACCCCCUUCUAUCCUCCGGAUCCUUCAUCGCCUCCGCCGCCACCACCGAUGCCGGAGACCUAGACUGCGGAGCGAAGCGGAGGCCGAUCCCGAGCGUUGGAGUUUCCGGGCCGUCGGAGAGCGUCCGCUCCGGGAUGUGGAACGGUAGGGAUCGGGCGGAGAACACGGCUCAGCCGGCGGCGGAGUCAAAGACGCGGAAGCGCGCGGCGGCGGGGGACAGCAACUGGUUGCCUCCGGAUUGGAGGGUGGAAGAUAGGGUUCGAACCUCCGGCGCAACGGCCGGUUCCGUGGAUAGGUACUACUAUGAACCAGUUACAGGCCGUAAAUUCCGGUCCAAGACGGAGGUCUUGUACUACUUGGAACAUGGAACCCUGAAAAAGAGCGCCAAGAAAUCAGACAACGUCGAUGGACAACCAGAUCAUUCAGAAGGCCAAGGAAGCGGUAAGCAGAACAGAACCGCCAAAAAAGCCAAAGAAACGCCGUUUAACUUUGAUUUCCUUAUUCCGCCCGAGGAGAUAACGUGGGUUUUGACAAAUGAUCCGGGAGACGAAGCAAGAUGGACGCCUUUCAUGGGGGAUGGAAAGGUUCCCGAACCGCUGACCCGCGACUGGAAAACGGCGUUCUCCAUGAUCACGACGCAAAGCGGCGGGCGAAUGAAGGUUUGAAUUCGUUUCCAACACGUAGCAAAACGUCAAGAGUUGUUUGAUCCAAUCUGUCUGUCUAGUGUUUUGGGAUGAAUCUGUAGAUGGGCUUUGUUUGAAUCUUCAUAGUCUAGUUACAUUUUGAUGCUUCUUGCGAUUUUGAACGUGUGGCGUUUUGAGAAACUGCGUUUUGCGGUGUAUGUUCUACGGCGUUUGCGUUUUUUUGUAGCUUCGACAGAACCCGCUUAGUUCUAUGAUUGAUCACAUUACGUUGGCUUUCCCAUUAUUAGGUUUGGUUAUUUUCUGAUUUCGAUUUGGGUUUCGGUU